CGCACCCGCACCCCGAAACUCUCCGCUCUCGCAAAAACCGAAUACACAAUGCCUGUCAAACCCAUUACUGGCAUACUCCGACGACAGGUCGUGCUUGACCUUUCUGUUGCCAUGGGUCUUGGUGUCGUUGCCGGCUAUGGCUGGUGGUACGGCUACCACGUCCCCGCGGUCCGUCACCGUGACGCUUUCUACCAGAAGCUCGAGGACGAGCGCGCGGCAUCCCUGGGCCAGAAAUAGACGACAAUUGCGCGCGCCCCCGCCAUGUGCUCUUUGGCAACAAGUGGUACGACUACAGGACGGACAUUGGGCAGUGGGUUGGGGGUGGUUUGUACGUAGGGUGGAUUCGUCUAGAGCAAGCCAAAUCAGAUAUAGUCCAACGAUGACAUCAAUAGUGUAUACUGCUGCCUACUUGUUGCGUCCAAGGUACAGGGCAUGGUAGCUCACAGCUAUCUUGUAUUGUUUAGGCUACUGCAUUGUGAAAUGGGCAGCGCCAGUAUGUCAAAAUCACUCAUAUAACGC